AUGAUGCUGCUCUUCUUGUUCCCUUGGUGGCUCCUCCUCCUCCUCCUCCUCCUCCUCCUGCUCCUGCUCUAUGUACUCGUGCUUCUCCACCUCCGCCUCCCGCCCCUGUCCCGACGCGUAGGACAGGCUUCAUCUCCCUGUGGGCGGUGCGACUGCUGUCGUGCGCCCGGGCCCGCACUGCUCACCCUCUUGCCCGCGCUCCACGACGGAGCGACUGCGGAUUGGUACCUGCUCGAAACAGAAGCUCCUGGCGGAACUCCGAAGCUCUUGGUGCCGCGUGGGGCUUCGGUUUUCUCAUGA